AUGCUCGCUGCGGGGGUCGGAGGUCAGGGCGAGCGUCUCGGGGGCAGAAGAAGGAAGAUGGCGGUGGAAUCGCGCGUAACCCAGGAGGAAAUUAAGAAAGAGCCAGAGAAGCCAAUUGACCGCGAGAAGACAUGCCCGCUGCUGUUGCGAGUCUUCACCACCAAUAACGGCCGCCACCACCGAAUGGAUGAAUUCUCCCGCAGAAACGUACCCUCCAGCGAGCUGCAGAUCUAUACUUGGAUGGAUGCAACUUUGAAAGAACUAACUAGUUUAAUAAAAGAAGUCUACCCAGAAGCUAGAAAGAAGGGAACACACUUCAAUUUUGCAAUUGUUUUUAUGGAUCUUAAAAGACCUGGCUAUCGAGUUAAGGAGAUUGGCAGCACCAUGUCUGGCAGAAAGGGGACUGACGAUUCCAUGACCUUGCAGUCCCAGAAGUUCCAGAUAGGCAAUUAUUUGGACAUAGCCAUUACCCCUCCAAAUCGAGCACCGCCUCCUUCAGGGCGUAUGAGACCAUAUUAAAUUAUAUUUACUAUCUCUCAAAUUUAUUUUUCAGCCAGUUAUGUAAAAUAAACUUACAUACUCUUUCCUC